GCGAGGGGGCUGCGGCUGAGGCUGCGGCUGGGGCUGCGGCUGAGCCUGCGUCAGCGUUGCCUAGAGAGAGAGAGAGAGGGAGAGAGAGAAAGACAGACAGAGCCCCGGAGCCGGUGCAGCCACCCGGCGGUACCAGCUCCUCGGCGGGCUCUUUUUCCUCGCUGCCAUGCUCCAACUGCCCCUGCUGCCCCUUCUGCACUGCCUGGGCUGCAGCGCCUGGCUGCUGCUGCUGGCGGGGCCCAUAGCCUCUUCGGCCAGCCCAGCCGACGAUAGCGGCAGGAGAGGGGACACCUCAAGCUCGGGGGGCGACGAGGUGCAGCGCCAGCCGCACGACUCGUCCUACGGCACCUUCGCCAGCGAGUUCUAUGACCUUCGCUACCUGUCCGAAGAGGGUUAUCCUUUCCCUACUGCUCCUCCUGUGGACCCAUUUGCCAAAAUCAAAGUGGAUGAUUGUGGAAAGACUAAGGGGUGCUUUAGGUAUGGGAAACCAGGAUGUACUGCAGAAACUUGUGAUUAUUUCCUUAGUUACCGCAUGAUAGGAGCUGAUGUAGAAUUUGAGUUAAGUGCUGACACUGAUGGCUGGGUGGCGGUUGGAUUUUCUUCAGACAAGAAAAUGGGUGGUGAUGAUGUCAUGGCCUGUGUUCAUGAUGAUAAUGGCCGAGUCCGUAUACAACAUUUUUACAAUGUUGGCCAGUGGGCCAAAGAGAUCCAGAGAAACCCUGCCAGAGAUGAAGAAGGAAUCUUUGAAAAUAAUCGUGUGACCUGCCGAUUUAAGCGCCCCGUGAAUGUUCCCAGAGAUGAAACGAUAGUGGAUCUUCAUUUGAGCUGGUAUUACUUAUUUGCUUGGGGACCAGCAAUUCAAGGAUCUAUAACUCGGCAUGACAUAGAUUCACCACCUACAUCAGAGCGUGUUGUCAGUAUCUACAAGUAUGAAGACAUUUUUAUGCCAUCAGCUGCCUAUCAAACCUUCUCUUCUCCAUUCUGCUUGCUUCUCAUUGUUGCAUUGACCUUUUACUUAUUGAUGGGAACCCCAUAAUCGCAGCAGCAAAGUCAAAAGAACAUCUUGUGGAAUAAUUGAAAAUUCUUCAUUGUGAUGUGUUUUCUAGUAGAUAAUUGUUUCCUUUAAAAAAAUCAUUUUUAGCAACUAAACUUGUCAGAAGAAAGUUAUAUAGCUUAUCUUCUGGGUAGAUGAGGUUUGUGGUAAUAAUAAUACCUUACAUUUAUAUAGCAUUUCUUUCCCAUCAAAGAACUUUCAUAUACAUUAUCUCAUUUGUUCCUCAUUGCAACCCUGAGAGAUAUCUAUAGAGCAAGGAUUUUAUCACCAUUUUACAAAUGAGGAAACUGAGACCCAGAGAAAUUGAGCAAGUUACCGACAGACACAGAGCUAGUUCAUGAAAGACCCAAUAUUUGAAUCAAGAUCUUUGAACUACUCUUUAUUUUAUUGGUUCCACAAAAAGUUGCUUAAGAAUCAUCAGAGAAUAUACAUAAGUCACUGUUAAGUCACAAGACCAUUAUUAGACCAAGGUUGAUCUUUUUUACAAACAGACUUCCAAAAGUCAGUAAAGAACAAGUGCUUUCUGAAUUCUGAUAUUUAUAAUGAAGAAAAGGGAUAUUACAGCUUUGUGGGUUCAAAGCUACUUCUGAAAAUAGGCCACUCUCCUAAAAUGUGUCUUUGAAAAGGAAAAAAGUACAUAAAUACAAAUUGAAAAAAAAUUUUUACAAAAAUACCAUAUUGAAAAUUAUUCUGCAAAUUUUUCACAUUUCUUUAUAUUCAAAUACAAUUGUUUUUUGUCAUUUUAAUUGUCCCUUUCUUAUUAAGAGACCACAAUAUUUGGGGUGAAAGUGUGACUAAUAUUAAAAUCAAAAUAGGAUAUUAUUUCAUUUACAGUUCCCCUUCUCAGUGGCAAAAAGCAAAAUGUUUUGUGUUCAGCCCUUAAUGAGACAAUAGAAAAAUGAAAUUACAUUAUGGUUUAAAAAUAGUAAUUUUAUAAGCUUGGAGUUUGGAGGAUGAUAGAAUUACUUUAAGAAACAAGGAUGUUCACUGAUAAUCAUCUUUAAAUUGACAAAAAGUACUAAUCUUUUCUGAUUGUCUGAAUGAUCCCUAUUGCCAAAAUCAGAACUCAUUUUAAGGGUGCCUAGUAGAUUUAAGUAACUUAAAUAUGCAUUGUAGGAAGCAAACGCUCUUACUAGUGUUUCAAGAUCCAUUCAAGAAUAAUUCACAAUUAUGUCAUGAAAACACUGUUAUAUGAGAAAAGAUGUUUACUUUAGAUGAAUAGUCUUCUGUUAAUCAGAAAGUAGAAAAUUGAUGGUGAAAGGGAUCUAUCAAAAAUUGGUUCCACUAAUUGUUUUGAAAAUAUAUAUAUUUGGGUACUAGACAGCCAAUAUAAUAAUAACAAUAAUGCUUUAACUUUAUUGAUAUGCAUCUAUGACUUUGAGAUAAACCCUUUGGAGAUGCCCAAGCCACAUAGAGUUGAAAUUACAUUAAAUUACAAAGUUCAUAGAGGUGGCAAGUAUCAGAAAAACGUUUGAAACUAGAUCUUGCUGAAUCCCAACCUCUUAUUUUAACAGCAUUGUCUUCAAAUAUGAAUAUAGACAGACAUAUUCAUAUCCCUAUGUAUUUCCUGUAAUCUGACAUCAUCUAAUACCAAUUUAAAGGAGAGAUCUUGGUAUUGGUAAUUUUCAUUGUAGUAGUCACUUCAUAUUCAUGAAGAUACGGUUUACUGUAUUGACCAAGGCAAUUUAGCAUCAGUCUAGGAAUUUGUGACAUUGUUGAGAUCUUGCUACGAUGAUGUCUUUACAAUUUUUCUGAUAACUAAAUUCCUUUAAACUGAGUCCAAGAAGAACAUCUAUUAUUGUUCAAAUUCUAGGUUAUAGUUUAUAGCAUGAGACUAUAUUUGCCCUCCUAUAAUUAUAAUAUAUUGUCCUCCUAAACCCUUUACAAAAAAAAAAAAAGCAAAAUGUUUUAGGAAGAUUUUUCUAUUUUCUUUUAUGGGUAGACUAAUACUUGUAAUAUUGAAUUGUAUAAAUGUUAUUGCUAACCUCUCUGCAGUAGGGAAGAACAAUUAGCAAAUUCCUGAACUUUCCUCCCACUUACAUUUCAAAGCAAUAAGCUAAUUGUUUCAUUGACAACUUCUGCUUUACUACGGUCACUUGUGUAUAGAGUUAGGAUGUCACAAGUACGUUUUCAUUUGAUAACUGUAAGCCCAUCUCAGCCAAAGUUUCAUAUUCCAACAUUCCUAAUCAACCUAUAAAGUCAUUAUUUAAACAAGCCAAUAGUUAGUGCUUUAUCUUAAAACCAACAAAAAAACCAUUUAUGAGUUUACUAAAUGAGCUUUCCUACUUUGGACAUUAGCUGGCAUUUGAAUUGUUGAACGACAUAAAUUCACAAUAUAAAAAUGUGAAGUAAUGAUGGUUGAAUAACCUCCUAAAUUGGAAAUUCAGUGAAAAGACUGUCUACAUUUCAACCCCAUUAAAUAAUCAAUGCUUACUAAAUUAAAAGAACUAACUCCUAACAAAUGUAAAAAUGUACAUAAUAAAUCUACACAUAUUUAAUAAAAUCUUAAUAAAUUAAAGUCCCACUAACUAGAAUCCUCAAUUAGUAGGGUUUUGGUUUUGGUUUUUUCCCAUCUAGCAAUUCAGUUUAGAGAAACCGUUGAAAAUGAAAGAAAAUGAACUUAUAUAAGUAACUUCAAACCAACUUCCAGAUUGUUUCCCAAGAUUAACUUUGAUUCAACCCAUUUCCCUAUUACAUUUAAAACUUAAACCUAUUAAAACUAAGUACUAUUCCCUUGAGGUCAAAAAUUUUGAUCAUUAAAGAAAGACGAAGUCAUAAUCAGUAUUGUCUACUUACAUAAGGCAAGGAAGGAAAUUAAUGGAUCUUGGAAAGAUUUUCUACAAGUAUUGAAACAAAUGAAGUGACUAUAAAAUUCAAUUAAUCAGAACCUCUGUUCUCAAAGCCUUCUGGUUAAAAGAGGGUUUUCCUUGUUUUUAUUCAGACUUAUGACUUUAUUGACAGAGGGAACUACCAGUGAGGAAAUUCCCCCUACCGUCCAUAUGGGCAAUUGCUUUACAACUUUGAGUCUCUUAAUGAGAGAAGUUAUUUGCCCAGGGACAUACAGCCAGUAUAUAUUAAUCACGUACCAGACUCAAAUCAAGAUAUUCCUGAGUUUGAGACUAUCUCAGAGUACUUAAAGCAUCUCUAGGAUAAAGACAAAACUUGAAUUAAUAGCUAUAAAUAGAGAAUGAAGAUUAUCGAUUUAUUCAUUAAUAUCCUAUUUUAUUUUGAAGGACAAUUAUUUGUUUGCUUAAGUAAAAUUCUAUGCUUUCAAGUCAAUUUGUCUAGCCACUAUGAAAAAGUGUAUUAUUUUACCUGCAGUGUUAUCCCUCUCUCCCUUUUGAGCAAUUAUACCCAAAAAAGGCCAAUCAUCCCUAAAAUUCUAUCAAACUAAAAAUCACUAUUUUCUCCAACAAGUGGGCCUUCUGACUUACAGCAAAAAUGAGUCCCUCUCUCUCUCUCUCUUUCUCUCUUUGUCUAAGGUACCAUUCGAACACUGCAAGAUUAUAAAAUUCAUACUUUUUCUCUCUUUGAUUCCCCAUCCUACCUUCCAGCUUGCGCUGAAGGGAAACAGUUUAUCCUUUCUUGGAUGCUGUAAUCUUCCCUCUUAUUUUUUCUCUGUGCAUAUAAUUACCAAUGCAAGUAGUUCACAUUUAUAGUCAUUAUGUUAUGAGCAAUCAGAAGACAAUUCAACUGAAAUCUUGCUUCCUGGAGUUUCAAUGGAUAAGAAACAAAAUUGAUUUUUCUCCCCUCAAUGAUGUUUUUCCCCUUCCCCUUAGGAGGGAAAAUAUAAAACCACAGGAAUUCUUUGGGUGACUGCUAAACAAAAGGCAGGUAGUAGCAGAGAAGAGGAAAACAAAAGUGUUAGGGACCAGGUAUGUUCAUCUCACUAGCCCUCUAUAAUCUUCUGAGUCUAUCUCUAUUAUACUUUCAUCCUUCGGUCAGCAUCAUCACUCUGCCCUACAAUUGAACAAUCCAGAAUAAAUUCCUAGAAAAGUGUUCUAGAGGAAAUAAUCCCAUUAGCUCUCUGUGGUAUUUCUCCUCUCUGACUAUUCUGUUGUCUUUUCCUUCCCUGAAGCCCAGCAAAGAGCAAAAGAAAGACCACAAAAACUUCAGGAAUUCUGGGUAGGUUGCAUGACUUGGUGGGAAAAGAAAAAAUCUGUGAGCAUGGCAAAUUUAGAUUGCAUUCUUCCCCAGGGCCAGACAUUUUGUAGCCUCUUUGAAAACCACUUGAAGUAUACUUGAUCUCUGCAAAUAGACAUCAUAAGCAUCAGGAUAAAUAUCAACAUUUAAAAUAACAAGGAUAAUUAUCCCAGGAUUCUGGGUAAUCAUCAAAUGGUACUAUCACCUUAAGUUUACAACAGCUUCAUAUCCUUUAGGCAUAGAACAGUGCAAAGCAGUUUCAAUGACUCAAUCUCUAAGUUGUAUUCAGGACAUUAUACGUGGACAUAUCCUUGUAGAAUAUGCAUAUUCAUAGUAUAUAAACAAAUAUGCAUAAGUAGAAAAAAUCUAGAAAUAACAAUGUAGAUAGACCUGUAUAAAAAUAAAAAAUGCAUGAGUAUUAGUAUAUAUGCAAAUAAGCAUCAAAAUAAUGCCUAAUAGACUUGCUAUGCUACUUGUAUAAUAUUAACACAUAGAUAAACAAUAUAAUAAAACAGAAACAUUAUUCAGAAUAUACAGUGAUUACAUGUAUGUAUAAGUAAACAUAAGCAGUUAAAAACAAGUCACUCAUUGCAUGAGCAAAUAUUAAUAUUCUUGUCUGGCUAAAUGUAUAAUCAUUUCUCCAGUUUCACAAAUAACAUCAAAGGUUAGUUUGCUCACAGAUCUAGCUAUCUUGUAUUCUCCUGUUCUUUCUGGUCCUAUACAUAAGCUGAUUAAUGAUAAUCAUCACCAUUGCCACAGAUCUGUAAGUCUGUAUUCCUGAAUGUUUUGAGAGUCUAAUCUGCUAUCAGCAUUUCUAGGCUCUAUGGAUUAUCUCUCGACUCUAGAAGUUUCUAUAGAUAAAGUUCCAGGGAGGAAAGAUAUUGGUCUCUGGGUUGAAUCUUUUCCCCACGUUUUCAGUAAGGCAAAGUUGUUGAGUUACAAUAUAUUGUAUCUCCUCUGGAAGCAUCAUUUCAUUCUGGUCCAAUUCAGACCAUUUUUGUAUAAUUGAUAAACAGUUUUUUCUUACUAAGAGUCCACUGAGGUAAGCAUCUAUUCUCUUCAUCAAUGAAUCCAACUAAAUCUGUGACAAAUGAGUGGUAGUUGUAAUUACUUGUUUCUAUCAGGCCCCAGCCACUCUCUAAAACAAUUCUGUAAACAGUUAAGUUGUCCAGUGUUUCAACAAUUUGGUAUGUAAACACUUGUGUGCCCCUUGAAUGUCAAAGUUUCUCAGCAAAACUUUUGAUAACAAAUUUGGUCAUCAUACUGUCAUUUAUUUCCAUCAGCUCUUCCAAACUAAAGUCAUUCCUAGUUUUAUAGGCUUCCUUCUUCCUCUCAGCUGAUAACUGUGUUUAUUACAAGUGUUUGAAUUUUCUCCUUCUUCUGAGACUCCAAAGCAUAAAUCAGUAUAUGGAUGUGACUCCUGCCCAAAUAUAAGCAAGUAUGGUUAAAAAAUAUAUAUAGCCUAAUUCUUUCUGUGGAAUUGUAUGCAUGUACUAUAAAUACUAUAUGUUGACUAUUCUAUUUUGUAUUCUAAUUUCAGUGCUCUAAAAGAUUCAAUAGAGUACAACUGAAAUAGUUUAUAUUCUUCAAAUAUGAGGCAAAAGUGGGUAGCUCUUUGUAUAUAAUAAAUUCAUCUCACAUUUCUUAGUAUCAUCUGCUCUCAUCUUAAAUAGUAAAAUCUCUUUCUUCAUCCAGAGUUCUUUCUUGAUCUAUGCAUCCAAAGCCAUUAUGGUGAUAGACAUAGAAUAAUAGGCACUGGAUGACACCAUUUGCUUUUUAGUACCAUGUACAGUAUUAGUAAUAGUCCUAUAUAAUAUUCCAUUACACAGGUCCAACUUCUCCUACUGUUUCAACAAUAACACAAUGUCUAGUGAAUAGAACUUAAAGUCCUUUAACCUCACUUCCAUGUUUCUUGACUUGUAUCCCUUCUUAUAAUCCAUCAGCCAUCUGCUUUCACUGGCUGUCUUCUAAAGACAAUCCAAGCAAAAAAAGUUCAAUAAAACAAAGUUCGCAUAAGCCACUGGCACACAGUGUGGGAAAAGUCCCAAAAUCUUAGUUAUACGUUAACUUGACAAUGGCUCAGAUAUCUGGAAAUCACAUAUAAUCCUACACUCUUUCCUUAGAUAUCACUGUAGUUUUGAUGUAGUGUGACCCUUGGAAAAGAGCAUCUUUGUCUACAUUAGUCUUCUUAGCUAUUAAUAAAUGCUGAAUUCUUAGUUGGCUAGUGCUGCUACUUAUCUAUAACAAGAAGCAUUUACUUUCUACUUGUCAAAAUAUGUCAAUGUAUUAUUCUUAGUCCACAAUUGGAAUUUAGCUCCACACAGUCUUUGAAUUUUUCAACAACAACCUAGCUCAAAGUCAAGAAUUCCAAUUUAUCUAAGGUAUGGUAAGUCUCACUGUCAUUAAGUCUUCUACUGGUAAAUGUACUUUGUUCCUCGUGACCAUCAUUUUCUUGGUAUAGGACUGCUUCCAAAUUCUUCAGACUGGCAUCUGUGUGGGGGACAAAAGGUUUGCUUGGACCUUCAUGGGCAAUACUUACAUAUUCAUGAGGCAGUUGACCCAAGUCUUUGAUAGUUAUAUGCCCUUUUAUAGAUCUCCAAAUGGCUUCAUGGUUUUAAACCAAUUUGACCUUUCUUGCUCUUUUCCUUUUGGUUUUCUUUGAUCAUGCAUACAUGAGUGAAAAUUCAUUAGCUUAGCAAUAGCAAUAUAGUUCUUUACAAAUUUGCAAUAAUAUACACAAAGUUCUAGAAAUGUUGUCAGAACUCAAGAUUUCUGUGGUGUGUUCAAUUCAAGAGCACUUUUCUUCUCUGAAUUAGUACUCACACCUUAUGGAGAUAAUCUUGACAGAUGCUGUGCAAAACUAGCAUUAGUUAGUUAAUUGACAGCUUCUUUUUGCCAUUCCAGUACUUGCAUCCAUCUUUCUCCAUGUUCUUCUCAAACUCAUCUAUAUACACCAAGACUUUCACGUAAUCCAUAUCUGUGACUGUUUUCUCCUUCAAUUGUUAGAAAGUGGUAGGUGCCACUGAGAUGUACAAUCCAGCUAUAAUUGUUGAAAGUAAAACAAAAAUAUUAUAAUAAUGUUUUAAAAAACCAAAAAUUUUCAAAUAUGUGGAAAAAAUAGUAUCUAAAAAAGGGAAAAAAGAAAAAAGUCUUCCAAAAAUACAUCAAGAAAUGCUAAACUAAACUUAUGUUAAACUAAAAUUAUGUUCAAACUGAAAAAAAAUUUGCAGAGCGAGAGUCCAUCUGCUAAUUGCUUCUUCACUAAGCUGCUGCUGCCAUCUUUUGCAGCAAUCAUCUGCUGCUGCUUCUCUGCUUAGCUGGACUAAAAUUCUGUUCAAAUUGAAAAACACAAAAUUGCAGUGAGAGAGAGUGCCAAUGUGACUUCAGUGAUACUCUGCACUCCUACUUAAAGAAAAAAAUGUUUAACUCAGUUAUAACUUUCAUAUUUAUUAACUAUCAAGAACAAUGCAAGAGUGAAAAUGAAGUCACAGAAUUAUUCUUUGCCAUCCAUAUAUGAAGGGAUAUUCUUCCACAAACUCUGAUGCCAAUGGGAGAAGAAACAUUCCCUGGAUAAUUCAUUCUAUAAGAGCUGUGUUGUGCAUAAAACACCUUUCAUGCCCCAGCAAUUGACUCUGACACAUAAUUCUUCCACUCCAGCUCUGCAGCUGCCUUUCCGUUUUACUUACAAAGCGGCCAUUCGCUGCUUCCCUUGCCAAUCCAUAGCCACAUGUUGGAGCUAAAGCUCAUGUGCUAGUGGCUGCUGAUGCCCUGCUGCCAUCUGCUGAAGCUCUCAUCUGUUACCACUUCUGUGCUGAGCUACUCUCACCAUCUGCUAUUGUUUCUCUGCUAAACUACUGCCACCAUCUGCCAUUGCUUCUUGCUAAACUGCUGUUAAUAUUUCUUACAGCUCCUGGCUCUCUGCUUAGCUUCUUUUGCCCUCUACUAUUACUGCUCUGCUUAGCUACUGCCACUAUCUGCUAUUGCUUCUCUGCUAAGCUGCUACCACCAACUGCUAAUUGCUUCUCUGCUAAGCUGCUGUUAAUAUCUUUUGCAGCUUCUGGUUCUCGGCUUAGCUUCUAUUGCCCUCUACUAUUACUUCUCUGCUUAUACUGCCACUAUCUGCUAUUGCUUCUCUGCUAAGCUGCUACCACCAUCUGCUCAUUGCUUUUCUGCUAAGCUGCUGUUAAUAUCUUGCAGCUUCUGGUUCUUCGCUUAGCUUCUGUUACCCUCUACUAUUACUGCUCUGCUUAGCUCCUGCCACUAUCUGCUAUUGCUUCUAUGCUAAGGUGCUACCACCAUCUGCUAAUUGCUUUUCUGCUAAGCUGCUGUUAAUAUCUUGCAGCUUCUGGUUCUCGGCUUAGCUUCUGUUGCCCUCUACUAUUACUGCCUUGCUUAGCUACUGCCACUAUCCGCUAUUGCUUCUCUGCUAAGCUGCUACCACCAUCUGUUAAUUGCUUUUCUGCUAAGCUGCUGUUAAUAUCUUUUGCAGCUUCUGGUUCUCUGCUUAGCUUCUGUUGCUCUCUACUAUUACUGCUCUGCUUAGCUACUGCCACCAUCUCCUAUUGCUUCUCUGCUAAGCUGCUGCCACCAUCUGCUAUUGCUUUCCUGCUAAGCUACUGAUGCCAUCUUCUGCAGCUAUCUUCUGCUUUUAUGCUUUAGCUGCUACUGCUUCUGCGCUUAACUGCCACCUUCAUCUGCUACUGCUUCUCCUCUAAGCUGCUGUCGCUAUCUUCUGCAGCUCUUCUCUGCUUAGCUGCUGCCACCAUCUAGUAUUGCUUAGCUUCUGCCUCCAUCUGCCGCUGCUUUUCUGCUUAGCUGCUUCUGCUGCCAUCUUCUGCUGCUUCUCUGCUUAGCUGCUUCUGCUGCCAUCUGCUGCUGCUUCUCUGCUUAGCUGCUUCUGUCAUCCUCUGCUUCUGCUUCUCUGCUUAGCUGCUGUCAUCCUCUGCUUCUGCUUCUCUGCUUAGCUGCUUUUGCCAUCUGCUGCUGCUUCUCUGCUUAGCUGCUUCUGCUGUCAUCUACUCUUGCUUCUCUGCUUAGCUUCUGCCGCCAUCUGCUGCUGCUUCUCUGCUUAGCUUCUGCCGCCAUCUGCUGCUGCUUCUCUGCUUAGCUGCUACUGUCAUCUGCUAUUACUUCUCUGCUUAGCUGCCGCUGCCACCUCCUGUUGCUUCGCUGCUUAGCUUCUGCCAUCAUCUGCUACUGCCUCUCUGCUUAGCUGCUACUGCUUUCUACUACUGCUUUUCUGCUUAGCUAAUAUCACCAUCUGCUGGUGUUCUUCCGCUUAGCUGCCCCAAUCAUCUGCUAUUACUUCUUCAUUAAGCUAUUACUGCCAGCUGCUCUUGUAUCUGCACUAAGAUGCUGAUGCAUCUUAGUAGUUUCAUCUACUGCUGUCUCCUUAGUUAUUGCUUCUCCGCUUAGCGGAUGCCACUUCUCUGCCAAAUUGCUGCUGCCAUCUUCUUAAGCUAUCGACUCCUAGUACUUAGCUGCUGCUACCAUCUGUUGCUCAUUCUCUGCCAAAGUGCUAUAGCCAUGUGCUGUAGUAUCAUCCACUGCUGCUCCUCUACUAAGGGGCUGUUGCCAUCUACUGGAGCUGUAAAUUGCUCUGCCGAGCUGCUACUGCCACCUGCUGAAGCUAUCAUUCACUGCUAUUACUCUUCCACAGCUAGAAUUGUCAUCUGCAGCUGCUACUCUGACUCGCUGCUAACAUUUUCUAUCUGUCUCUGUGGCUUUUUGUUCCCCUGGAAAGAGUGUUAACAACUUUUUAUGAAACGGCUCUAGGCCAGCGUGCCUGGGAGCUAAUCAACACAUUUUCAUCACUUUUAAUAGUCAGCAAUACCACACUUGGCUAAUACUCAGACAGCUGUCAAUAUCCUGUUCUUACUUUUCCCCCUUUCCCCCCCAAACCCUGCCUAGGGAAAGGCUUUCAGCCCUCACUACUAGGCAGGUUAUCCUAAACGAAUUCCUCCCAUUCACUUCUGACAUUGAUCGGCUGGUUCAUUCAGAUUAUCCACUCUGGAGGGGCUGGGAUGGAGCUGGAAACUUGUUUCAUAUUCCUUCCAGUUCAAGCGUCCCUGACUCCUUUUACUUAGCAUGCUUGACCAACUUCCUUUCACUUCCACAUCCUUCUCUUCCUCCUUUUUAAAGUCAUUUUUGCUUCUCUUUCUGCUCAAGCGCUCAUAUUCCUCAUUCUCCUCCUUCAAUUUGUGGGUUCAAGUCCCCUUCUUUCUUCUUGAAUUCUUCUUCAACUGCAAAGGAGUUCUCCUCCUUUAGCUUAAGUACCUUAUUGGAAAGUAGUAUCAGCCUGCUUCUCUCUCUAGAAUCAGCUUAAUCCCUCAUUCCAUCAUCUAUCACUAGUCUACAUCAUAUCUCCCUCAAUAUUUGCUCUCAAGAACUCUGAUAAGUACUAUCAGAUUAAUGGGGUAUGCACAAUUUCUCAAGAAUCCUUAAUGCUUGCUGUAUAGCCCCUGCUUUUGUCAUUGAAGCUUCCUUACCAUCCCUCACCACCAUAAUGGAAACUCCUUUAUUAUAGUUCUUAUUUCCCUAGAAAUCCUACAACUAAAUAUGUAUAUAUGUACAUAUGUGUAUGUAUGUGUAUAUGAAUGUGUGUGCAUGUGUGCGUGUGAACUUGUACUCUUGGGAGUUUUCUUGGGAGGAGAAAAGGACUGAAUUACCUUGGAGCUACUCAGAUUCCUUCAGCAUAAAUUCUUUCUGUGCAUUCCUGCUAUAUUUACUUUGAAUUUUUCAUGUCUCCUCUCUCAAUUUUGACGCAUCAACAGUCACUUUUGCCAUUCCCUUACAAUUUGAUGCUUUUCUUCUGUUGGACACAGAUAAACAAACUUGUUAGUUUUGUUUAUUUAAUAAUAGUACAUACAUCUCUGAAUGACUAAGGAAUAAAGAAUGUGACUUUGAUGGUAAAAGCCUUGUAUCAGCUUCUUCAGGGAAUCAUAAUUCUUUUUUUGGGAGUCACAGAAGUGCUCCCAAUCAUUGAGAUUGGUGGAAGACCUGUAGUUUAGUGGUAUGUCACUCUGCAUGGAAACUGACAAAAACCAGGAGUAGACUAGUUAUGAGAAUCUAAUAAAAUAGCAUAUUCUUAAAAUGCUUUCCAAACUCUUAAGCAUUAUUUAAAUGUUAGUUAUUAUUUCAAUGAAUCUGUAAGGUCAUUUAUGGGGUUACUUCCUCUGAUUCUGAAGAUAAUUUAUCCAUGUCUUCCCAUGGAUCUUUUGUCCACAUCCUUCUAUUCCUCCUCCACAAGCUGAAAUAGAGAAAGGAAACAUAACAAUAAUUAGUAUUUAGUGGUGCUUUAUUUUUAAUAAAGCACUUCCCUCUCAACAACCCUAUGAAGUACUUGGUGGAUGUCUCAUCAUCUUUGUUUAACAAGUGAAGAAAAUGAAACUCAGAAAGGUUAAGUUUUUGCCUGUUGUCACACUGGUAGUAAGUGGAAGAGUUAGGACACACUGUUCUUCCCACUACAUACAGUGUCUAGCAGCAGGGGGAAAAAUAUGAUUACCAUAAUAGGAAAAGAAUGAACACUGAAUUUUUCAAAGCUCUGUUGUAAAAAAGAAGAUUUUAGAAUAGUUGUUCAUUUCUACUACUUUCUUCUUCUACUCUUCUCCCACCUCAAAAUGUCUCAUGGUCAUCUCUUCAAUAUCCUAUGAGGAUUUUUGCUUAAUGAGAAGAAUCUUAAGAAUGAAUUUUAUUUGAGCAAAUGACUUAAAUUACAAAUGUUACAAUUUGAAUGUAAUCUCACUUGUUUUACGGAGGACCUUGUUGUACACAAAACCCUGAAUUAUAAGAACCUAGAAUUUUGACAUUUAUUAGUAACAUAAUCCUUGAAAUCUAUGGCCCUAGUUGUCAUGACCUAUUAAAUUAGUAGCUUGAACCAUCAGUUACUCUGCUUUAUAUUUUCUUCUAAUUCUUCACUCUUAGCAUCGUAGUAAAUUGUAGGUAAAUAUACUACAAUUUCUAAUACUUUUUUUCAGGGUAAUGAGGUCAUUGUUUUGUAAAUUGCAGAAUGUUACUGAAAUGUGAAUUGUUAUUGUUGUGGGAAAACACAAUUUUAGGUUAGACAAUAAUUCAGAAGGAAACAAGUUCUAAAGCGAAAGUUACAUAAAUGUUUGAUGACUUUAUAGAAGACUUUUGACAUUCAAAAUUGAUCCAUAUUAAAAUUGGUUCCCACACCCUACUUCUCUAGUAAGUACUAGUAGUUCUCACUAGUAAGGUCCUCCCCUCACUAGCAGAUACUCAGAGGAUAUCUGACUGAAAACUAUUUCUCCCCUACUCUCACUUCUGGGGGAUGGGUAGAACUAAUAACUAUAUAAAUACAAUUGACUGAAACACCACGUUUCCAGUUUGGCAGUCAAAUGAUUGCCUACUGAUCCAGAGAUUUAUUACUUGUGCUAAUAAUAUGUAUUUUAAAACUUCUAACAUGGCAGACAAAAGAAGCCAUGUGGAAUUGGGACUCAUACCCUAAAACCAGGGAACCCUAACCUUUUUAUGUCAAAAACCCCUUUUUGGUAAAAGGUAAAGCCUUUUCGACCCUUUCUCAAAAUGAUGUUUAAAAAUGUAUAAAGUAAAAUAUUUAGGAAUACAAAGAAAAUAAAUUGAAACCAUUGUCAAAUUAUAAAAAACAAAAAUCCUAUUUAUGGUCCUACUGUUAAGAACCUUUACCCUAGACUAAAAUCUUCAUGAGUUAAUUUCAUUAUUUCUCAGCUAAAAAGUCAUUUUGAACAAGGAGUCUUUGGGAAAAAGAGGCAACAUUAAAUCCUCACAGUAAGUGAACAUUAAGUGACGUUUAUCUAGAAAGUAAGCCAGAAAAAUGAAAAGGCUCCAAAAUAUUAGAGUCAGUCUCCUAGAAACCAUUAUCCUUUUGUUACUGCUGCAUUCUCCACAACUCUUCUCUAUCUUCCUUAUUCAUCGUCUCUAGACCUCUUCAAAGAUUUUUAAGCUAAUAUUUCAAUAGAAAAACUUAGCCUUCCACUUCUAAUCUCAUAGUAGCUUUGUAUUAUUCUGAGCUGACAAAAACUACAAUUCUCAGCACUUUUAGCAACUUAAUCCCUAUUCCAAGACACCCAGUUCAAACUUUGCCUGAUUUAGAUUGACUUGCUCAAGCCCAGUAUUUAUUUGGUAUAAUACGGAGCGUUAUUCCAAUUCUAACUUGUAGACAAUUAGACAACACUUCUUUAUUUGGGGAUAAAUAUUGAUGUACAUUUCUAGAAAAAUUGUCUUUAAUAAAAUAAAAGGAUCAUUUGUUCAAAUGGAUGUCUUAAUCACUACAAAAUGUAAAUUUAUUCAUAAAUAAAUAAGGAGGCUGAGAAAGGAGUGCUACAACAAAUGGAAGCCUGCCUGCAACUGUUUGAAUUUCCCAUUCUACUUAAGUGUAACAAGCAGUGUCCUCAUACUUGACCAGAGCAUGCAAGCUGGGGACAGUAAUCAUCAUUUUCAUCAGCCGAUAUUUAUUGAAUACUUUCUCUGGGUAGGGUGCUAAACUGGGAGUUAGAGAAUAACAGCCCUUCUAGCUUUUCCUCUAGAAAAGAAUCUGACUGUAAAGAAUAGAGGAUUAUAAAAUGAGGGAGUCUGCACUUGGACCAGGAGUUCUGAGGUUAUGUCCUAGUUCCAGCAGUCACUAACAGUCUGAUUUUAGACAAAUCCCUCAAUCUCCUUGGGCUGCAUCUCCUUAUCUGCAAAAAAGGGAAUUAAUAACACUUCCACUACCAUUACUUCACAGGGUUGUUGUAGAGGAAGUGGUGGAAAUGUCUAAAGCUCCUUAGGAGCUUAGUUAUAGUGUGAGUUAUCAGUGUUGAGAGGCAGCAUAAAGCAUUGUAAGGGUUUCUGAAUUUGAAGUUCAAGUGCUGAGUUCAGCUUUGCUGUUCUUCCUCUGCCAUUUACAACCUUUAUAAUUUUGGACCAGAAGAUUAGCUUCUCUAGACCUCAGUUCCCUUGUCUGUAAAAAUGAAGGGGUAGACUAGAAAUAACUAAAUAACUGCAGAUCUAGGAAUGUAUCAUAAACUUCUUGAUGAAGAAGGCUGUUCACAUUCGUAGAACCCAUACCAUUGUCUUGGCUCUCAAUGGAAAGAAGCAGUGUAAAACCUUGGAAAGAGCUCGAGACAUUGGUUACAAUUCUCCUACUGCUCCUUACUAUCCACAUGAUGCUCAGCAGGUCAUUUACUCUCUCUGAGCCACAGUUUCCUCAUUUGUCAGAUGGGAAUAAAAAUACUUUUACCUACCUCACAGGGUUGUUGUGAGGAAAGUGCUUUGUAAACUGUGAAGCUGUAGAAACAUAAACCAUUGUUAUUCUGACUAUUUCUAUUGUAUUAGAGUUUUAUUAUUUUAUCACCUACAAUAUUAUAAGACCUAUACCGAUUUAUCUUUAUCAUGUUUAUUAUGCUUUUAGUAAAUCUAGAUUACCUUUAGCAUUCUUUUUAUUAUGCCAGACUGGUUUUAGUAUUUUAAGACUGCUUUUUAGUGUUUUAAACCUCGCCAUUUUGCUCUUAACUCUUUAAUAUUGCCUUCUUAUGUCUUAGUUUUAAAAAUGUCCUAGAGACUAUUGUCCCUUUAGACUUAUGAUCUUUGUUUUACUGUCCUAAAACUGCUCUUCAUAUCUUAAGAUUUCCUACAGCGAGUGACUCUGGAUUGUUUUAGGCUGUUGUUUUCAUUAUUAGAUUGCUUUUGCUUUUAGUCUAGACUUUAAUCUGUGACUUAGAACUUGAAGUUCUUGUGUUGUUUUCCCUAUCAAGCUGUUUUGAGUAAUCUACUAAAAUGUUAUCCUCUCAUUCCAUCUUACUGCCUUCAGUGUUUUCAAAUAAAGAAUCAUUUCUCAAAACCUA